AUGACGGGAAAACAUACUGACGCAUCGACAGCACGGACUGAUAAAAAACCAAACACGCGGACAGAACUACAGGACAAGCAAACAGACAGACAGGAGGAAGUGACGGACGCACUUAAAAAACAGUCAGACAAUUGGACAAGACGUACGAGCAAGGAGGAACUGAGGAUGACGGGGUCACCCUCAGAGGAUGAGCUCUUGGCCUCCAGCCAAGAAACAGUUGAGGGCACAGCUGUGGGCCACAGUACGCCAACAACUAUAAAUCAACCAACAACAUCCGCUAAAGCCAUGGGGCAAAAGCGUGGUAAUAAAGGUCCCUCGAGGUAUAAACUUUACCAGAGGUCUCUCGCUAUCCUUGGCAGGAUUCGGAAAAACGAGACCGAAGGUAAAGUUCAUCCCAAAGAUGAGACCGACAAGGCAAGAUGUCAAAAGGUGGUUGAUGAAUACUUGGCAUUCCAAGCCGCCAACAGGGCAGAUGCCAAAAAACGAAACCGCUCGCAUGACGAAACUGGGAAGGUAACAAAGAAGCACAAGAUAUCGGAUCAGGGUGCAGUUGCCUCCAAACCUAUCAAGCGAUUUAGUGAGGUGGCACGGGACCAUCUCCAAAUGGCAUUGGUAGACGAAACCUCUAACCGCGGAAAACCAGUGCUUGACAAAUGGUCAGAGAUUGAGGCACGGUUGUCUCGCAUAGUCGUUGACCAUGUCAUGGGGAACCCGGAGGGCUAA